AUGGAAACAUCUAUGAUUUCAAACAAACUUUCUUCUUUUUCUUAUUGUCAUACAAGAAGAAUUUCUGCAAGAAACAAGGUGCAGAAGAUUCCAGAAACAAAAUUCUCCAUUCCAAAGCUUCGUAACAAAUCUUUGGUAGCGGAAUUGAAUUAUCUAAAUAACUACACUAGAAAUGAUGAUCUAAACAACUCCAAAAUCAACAAAAAUUCAAAUGAAGUUGUUAAGCUUCAUUUGAUUAUGGAGAUUGUAUCAGAUAGAUUAGAGAUGCACAAGAAUAUCGGAAUCCAGCGCGACAACUGGAACAGUCUUUUACUGUCAUCCGUUAACAUGAUGACUCUUUCUGCUUCAUCAAUGGUUGGUCUUGCGGCAGUUGCUUCGGCUUCGACUGGAGCUGAAGCGUCUCUUCUCGCAUUGAAAGUUUCUUCAACAAUUCUUUACAUGGCUGCAACUGGUUUGCUUCUGUUCAUGAACAAAGUUCAGCCGUCACAGCUUGCAGAGGAGCAAAGAAACGCUGUUAGGUUUUUUAACCAGCUUCAAGGAGAAUUAAGAACAAAGCUUGCUCUUGGAAAUUUCAAUGAAGAUGAUGUCAAUGAAGCUAUAGAGAAAGUUUUAGCAUUGGAUAAAGCUUUUCCUCUUCCUUUGUUAGGUUCAAUGCUCGAGAAGUUUCCUGAAACUGUGAAACCAGCAGUUUGGUGGCCGCAAAUGAAGACACGGAAACAUGAAAGAAAUUUACAAGGGAAGAAAAAUAAUGGAUGGAAUCUAAGGUUGGAAGAGGAAAUGAAAAAGAUUGUUAUGGUUUUGAAAAACAAGGAUAUAGAAAAUUGCAUGAAGUUGAGUAAAAGAGUUUUGAAGUUGAACAAGCUAUUAUCAUUUUCUGGUCCUAUAUUAACAUGUUUUGCAGCUUUUGGUUCUGUGUUUUUGGGUUCUGUUAAUGCAUCUUGGCCUAUGAUGCUUGGGAUUAUAUGUGGAGCUAUGGCAAGUGUUGUUAACACCAUAGAACAUGGUGGACAAGUUGGGAUGGUUUUUGAGUUUUAUAGGUCAACUAGUGGAUUACUUAAGCUUAUGGAAGAGACUAUAGAGUUAAAUAUAAAUGAAGAAGAUUAUUAUAAAAGAGAAAAUGGAGAGUUGUUGGAAAUCAAAGUUGCUUUGCAACUAGGAAGAAGUCUCUCAGAACUCAGACAAUUUUCUAAUGAUGAUGAUGAUGUUUGUGAAGAGUUUGCUAACAAGCUUUUUUAG